AUGUCUACAAGUACAUUUUGUGAAUGUUUACGUACAUUUUGUUCACAAUUAAAGAAAUAUAUUCCAGAAAUUCAAUUACAACCACCGCAUACUAUUAAAAAUUAUGGAAAUUGUCCAUAUUUUUAUAAAUUUCAUUUAGGAACAAAAGAUUUAGUGGAAAAAUUCAAUACUGAUAUAUUGCCAACAUCGAAUAAUACUUAUCAAUUAUCGAAUAUACCAAGAGAAUCAAUUGGUACACAUUCAGAUGAAAUGAAAUUGCAAGAUUUUCAAUGGUUAAUGAAUAAAAAAUUAACAUGUAUUCUAUUAUGGUUAGGUGUGAUUAUUUUAAUAGUUGGAGUAAUUGCAUUACAAAUUGCUGGUUUUUUCUUACAUAAACGACAAGAUAUAUUAUCAAUUGGAGUUGGAUGUUUAAGCUCUGGUCUGUGGAUUCUUUGUGUUACACUAUUCACUUUUCUUCAUGCUAAUAUUUUUAUUUAUGAAAUGCCUGAUGAUACUAUUGAUGAAUAUCAAGAAAUGAUGACUAGAAAAAUAGAGGAUCGAACAUUGAUAAAUGAAGAUGAAUAUGAGGAGUGUAGAAGAACGUAA